AUGGCGGUUGGAAAGAACAAGAGACUCUCCAAGGGGAAGAAAGGUCUGAAGAAGAAGACGGUCGAUCCCUUCACGCGCAAGGAUUGGUACUCGAUCAAAGCACCAAGUCCUUUCAACGUCAGAGAUGUCGGCAAGACUCUGGUCAACCGUACGACGGGCCUGAAGAAUGCCAACGACGCCCUGAAGGGCCGUAUCGUAGAGGUAUCUUUGGCCGACCUUCAGAAGGACGAGGAUCACGCGUUCCGCAAAGUGCGUCUCCGCGUCGACGAGGUCCAGGGCAAGAACUGCCUUACCAACUUUCACGGCCUGGACUUCACCUCGGACAAGCUGCGCUCUCUAGUGCGCAAGUGGCAGACUCUGAUCGAGGCCAAUGUCACCGUCAAGACGACAGAUGACUACCUCAUUCGCCUCUUCGCCAUCGCCUUCACUAAGCGCCGCCCGAACCAAAUCAAAAAGACCACAUAUGCUGCCUCGUCGCAAAUCCGAGCCAUUCGACGCAAGAUGACCGACAUCAUCCAACGCGAAGCGUCCAGCUGCACCCUCACGCAGCUUACCUCCAAGCUCAUUCCUGAGGUCAUUGGCCGCGAGAUCGAAAAAGCAACUCAUGGCAUCUAUCCGCUGCAGAACGUCCACAUCCGCAAGGUCAAACUUCUCAAGGCCCCCAAGUUCGAUCUGGGUGCAUUGAUGGCGCUCCACGGAGAGUCAGGUACAGAUGACCAGGGCCAGAAGGUGGAGCGAGAGUUCAAGGAGCGCGUUCUGGAAGAGGUGUAG